CCAAUUUUGCGCGUAUCUUAUUCAACCUUGAAAUUUCAUUUAAAGCUGCAGUUCAAAUAAGGUUCACGUUCAGACAUUAUCUUCAGCCAUGAAUCCAGAACGAACGACUAAAAGUGAAGUGAAAACGUGUUUAAAAAAACUUUUCAAAAACGAAAAUAUUGAAAACUUGGAUUUCGAUGUGCUUGGAAAUUCGGAGAAAGGUGACGGCUAUGUCGGAGACAUAAUUUUUGCUGAAGUAAGGGGAACAACUAAAGAAGAAACAUGUAAGAAAUUUAAUGUUGUUUUAAAAUGUUCAAAAACUAGUGAAGCCCUCCGAGAAAAGGCUCCAGUAAAAGAUGCAUUUCUUAACGAAAUAUAUUUUUACGACGUUAUUUUUCCAAGUUUCAAGAAGUUUCAGAACCAGAGAAAAUCUGUUGAGCCUUUCGAAAAAGUGCCUAAAUGCUAUGGUACGCUGAAUACUGGCAACAGUGAAUUUCUUGCUUUGGAAAACCUUAAAAGCAAAGGUUACACUUUGUGGGAUAAAAGAAAGCCUCUGACAAGACGACAUAUUGACAUGGUAGUCAAAGAAUAUGGAAAAUUUCAUGCAGUUUCCAUUGCGAUGCAAAAUCAAGAGCCUGAACGUUUUCAAAUGUUAGUAGACGGAAUAGAUAAUUUAUAUUCUAAAUUUCUUAAGUCAAGUGAUAUAGUUGGUGCGUAUGAACAGAACUUCACUGUAAUUCAGAAUUUGUUAAAAAAUGACUUGGAUGAAAAUAUCUUACAAAAGUUGCAUAAUUUUAAACUAAAUUUAGGCCAAUUUUUUGAACAGAGCAGUCACAGUGUGGAAGAUCUAAACGUGAUUUUACAUGGUGAUUGCUGGAAUAACAAUUUCAUGCAUUAUCAGAAAAAUGGAGAGCCUUCUUCUUUUGCCAUGUUGGAUUGGCAAAUUAUACGUUACUCGUCGCCUAUUUUCGACCUAUCUUAUUUUCUGUUUUCGUGCUUAUCAGAAGAGGAUAUUCAAGAUGUGGACACUAUCAAGAAACACUAUCAUCAGUGCUUAACAGAUCAUUUAGAAGCACUGGGUUCCAAAAAAUCUCUUUAUCCACUAAGUCAAUUUUUAGAAGAAUGGCAGAAGUAUGCGAAGUUUGGUCUUACGAUAGCCACACUUAUCCAUAAAAUUUCUCUGUCCGAAAAUUGUGAAAUUCCUGAUAUGGCGCAAACAGCCGAAAAGGGAGAAGAUAUUGCAAACGCUUUCACGCAACCUAUCAAGAAUACAAGUGAUUACAGGAAAAGAAUAAAAUAUCUUGUGAAAUAUGCUGCAGAAAAUAAUUUAAUUUAAAACUGUGGUAAACUAAAGUAGAUGUACUAACCAACAAAAGUUAGUGUUUUGCAAAAUAUGUGAUGCAAUAAAACCAUUUCUGACACUAACAA